UUGCAGAAACCCUCUCCGGAGCCACGUGACCCAUUUACGUUGAUUGGAGAGCAGAUGGUCGGGAAAAUAGCAGUGUUAGAGAUGAAGGAACUGAACGAGCGAGAAAGAGCCAAGCAUGCACAACACAUGCUGAACAUUAUGAGACAAACGAAUCAACAGUUGGAAGAGCGUAAUCGAGAGCUCGAGCAAGCAGUGUCAAGACUCACUGAGAGCUCACUGAGUCUGCAAUCAUCUGAGCAUCAACUGAGGCAAGAACUCGCGGAUGCCGUCCCAAGGUCAGUCACAUGUGCAAUGGAAAAGAGGGUAGAAGAGCUGGAACUUGCCAACAUCAGUCUGCGUCAUGAGAUGGAGCAGUUAAAAGAAAUUGCGCUAAUUUCCGUCUUCCAAACACAGAAUAUAGAGCAACAAAACAAGGCACACGAAUUAGAAGUUGAGACCUUGCGACAACAGCUGGAAGAACUUGAGUCCAAAGAUGAGCACAGCGCAGUCGUAGCCAGAUUACAUCGACAAGUGACGGGAUUGCAAAUUUCCGAAUCCACAGCCGUGUGUCGGCUUGCAGCUACAGAGAAGAAAGCGGCCCAUUUGGAAUCUGUCAUCUUACGCGUGGAGCAACGUUUGGCAAAACGUGAAGCUGAGUUAAGAGAACAGCGGAACUACCACGACCGAUGGCGAAAGCGAUACAGCGAGACAAUUAAUACUCUCAGGGCCCGCUACGCCGGCUGUGUGCCCAUCGCGGAACAAGAGCGAGUAGCCUCUCGGUACGCUGAGAUUUCACGCGAGCGUGCUCGUUUGCAGUUGGAACUGGAGACCGCGAUACAACGUGCCAUUAAGGCAGAAGCUAGUUUGCAGGGUGACCGUGAACGGAACGAACUGGUGAAGCACUUCAAGUUAGUCGAUGAUGCUACCGACUUUGGAAGUUCGCAAAAGAAGGAAUCGCUUGAACGGAAGUUAAUCCAGUGUCAGUCAAAAUUGGCCGAUCUUCGUGUCGAGGAAACGAUUCAGCGAAGACAAGCCGAACAACUUCGUUUGCACAAUCAACACCUUCAAGUGGUGAUUCACAAUCAGGAGAGCCAGCUGAACAGUUUGGAAUCGGAGAACGCCCAACUUAGUAAACAGCUAGAGAGGCGGGAAAUUGAGUGGGAGCUUCGUGAAUGCGAGCUGGAAAAGGCACUGUACGCUUCCAAAGCAGCACAGCAAGAAACCGUGGCAGCUACGGACAAACUUGGUAUCACUGAGGAAGUGGUCACUAUGGCACAUUCAAUCAGUGAGACGGAAGCAAACCCCUUCGGUGACCUUCAGGCUAAUCGUAUGCCGAAUGCCGAACUUCCUGUAUCCGAACAAUUGAAGGAGGCGUUGACUAUCAUCAAGCGCAACGUCCUAACAAUACUGAAUCAGCGCGUGGAGAUUGAAAGUUUGAAAAAGAAACUCGCCGAAUUGAUUCGAGAAAUGCAAUUUAACAAGGAGGAUAUCGGUCUGCAGAGCCUUCCUUACCAGAUACCUGAGAAAGAUUACCAGACACCGACCGAGACUGAUGCAGACAAUCCAGCCACUGGGAGUUUGCGAUUGCAAAUCGAUUUACUUCAACGUCGUCUGGCCGCGAAAGAGGAGAGUUUAGCCGAAGCACAUGAGCUAUUGCGGCAGGUAGAAAAAGCGAACGAAGACAUGCAAGAGAAAUUUACCAAACAGAAUGCUGACUUGCUUUCAAGGCUACGCGGACGAAUAGAAGAAUCCGUGGCACAACUUUCAAGGUCGGUGGAAUCCACUGCAAGUCGACAGCAAGCUGACCAGUAUUGCAAGCAGUUAAAUCAACGCCUGAAGGAAAUGGAGGAAGCUCUGGAAGAGCAGCAUCAAGUUGUGAUCCGACAGCUCGACCGCACGAAGCAAGCGAAUCGAGAGACGGAGAUGUGGAAAAUGAAAUACGAACAAUUGGGACAGGAGGCUGAGGCGGCGCGACAUAAAAUAACAGAGCAGUACAAGCGUCUGUUCUCUCAGCUUCAACUGGAUCGUGAAAAUCUACAAGCCCAGUUAAACCACUGUAACAAACGUGUACGCGAACUGUCCUCGGAGGUCAGUAAAUGGAAACAGGAAGCAAGUAAAUCUCCGUCGGCUGCUCAGCGCCAGACAACCGAACGUCUUAAAGCUGAACUGGCGGACCGCGAGAAGCGUCAACAGGCCCUCACGAAAGCACUUGCUGAACUUCGGCGCGACUUGUUGGCACAGGCUGAACACGCGGUUUUGAUAAAUGCUCCAACCAACAAACUCUCGUCCGUGGAAGGCGUUCGGGCGCCCAGCAUGGUCGACAAAUCGGUGGAAGCCGUUGUUACUCCGGCAGUGCAGUCUGGAUUUCCAGAACACGUCGUGGCAGUGAGGGAGGAAUCGGAUUUACAACAGGUCCCUAGUUCAGACAUACACAGCCUCUUGAAACAGCGAAACGAACAGUUGGAAGCGGAAUGCAAUGAGUUGCGAGGUCAGCUGACCCGAAUGAAGCAAAUCAGGACACUCAGAAAUGACUCUUCCAUGAACCGACAACUUCAAGAAAUGGAGGAGAAGAAUCGUGACUUAGAGAACCAGAUCAAGCGCCUUCAGUCGUCUCGAGAAAAGCAGCGCACUGAAACCAUGAGAAAGUUGGAAGCGGAAGUGGUCAGUUUGAACUCCCAGUUAGCAAGCAAGAUAGCAGAACUGCAGCGUGCUCAAAGGCAACUGGAGGAGAUCAGGAUUGCAUUAGAGAGUGCUCUGCGUGAGAAUGAAUUGUUGCGCGGACGUCUUUCGCAUAAUUGGCAACCAGCUAUGCUUCCAGAAAAGGAGGAUCUGGACGCACUGGAGAAAAGAAAGGCCUCAGUGAAACCUGGUGAACUAAAGGAAAGGCUGGCACUACAUCAGCAGGUGCUGGAGUUGAAAUCUGAGGUAGAGAUGCUUCGUCGAGCGAAGCCCAUAUCGUUGGACCUGCCGGUAGAGACGAAGCCCGUAACCGGUGGACCAGUGGAACUCGAGGCUGCUGAGCUUCGCCAUCGUCUGGCACAAGAGCGUAUCAAGGCGUUGGAGCAGCAACUGAUAGACACUGGACGCAGCACGCCAGCUAGGAUUCAAAUGGAUCAAGCCAUACAGCAAGACCUACUUCGAGUGACCAAGGAGAACAUGGAGCUCCGAAGCGAAUUGGAAACAACGCGUGCAGACAUACCCCGACUCAAGAUGCGCAUCCAGGAGCUGCAAUCUUAUGUUGAGAGGAUGAGACACGAGAACGGGACCUUCGCGACCAGUCGUCAAAAUGAUAAGUCGAUCGAAUCCGGAGGUAAUGGAAAUUACAACAUCAAACGUGUCGGUGAAAGUGGAAAAUCCUGCAAAGAAUUAGAGAAAAUUAUCGUCCGACUCAAAAGUGUGCUACAGCGGAGCCUGGCCGAAAACGAACGUCUCAAAAGCACUCCAAGUGCGACUGUACAGAAUGAGAAUCGUCAGCUACAAGCAGAGAAUGAGAGGCUACGGAUGGAAUUAGAACAAGCAAAAUUGGCGGCAGAUGCACUCAUGACAACGCAUCGAGCAAGUAGCGAGAAAAGUAUACAGAAACUUUCCCAAGAAUACGAACGACUAAGAAAAAGCUAUGAGGAGGUUGGCUCAUCUUAACGGCAUCGGACCACAAUGAUGGAGAACAACAGAUGAGUGUCUCAAACGUUUAUGUUUCAUGGAGUUUUAGUUCUCGUGUCCUGCUAAAUCUAGGAGCAAAACGGAGUAACCAUUUGAUUUCUCCCACCAGAUUUUCGCCGAAAAUGCGCGUGCCAAAUUGGAACACAAAGAGAAGCAACAAGAGGGCACGGUUGAAAAGAGCUGAGCGACUCGGUAGUUUCACAAACGUUGAUCUUCCAAAUCUCACUAUAUUGCUGGACUAUAUGCACACACCAUUGAUAAAGUUUAUUUUUCCAUUAUACACGUUAUCC